AUUAGCUUUAAUAACUCCUUCCUGAAGACAACUUGGCGUGCAGUCGCAAACUCAACCCUAGGCACUGCACACAGAAAUUCAUUCCCCCAUCCAACAAUACACACAAUCUUUCUCUUUCUCUCCAUCUUAAUUCUAAACCCUAACCCUAGUUUGUGAGAGAGAGCCACUCCACCAUGGGAACUCCAGAGACAUCGCGCGAACCGUGUCCCGAUCGCAUUCUCGACGACAUAGGCGGCGCCUUCGGCAUGGGUGCAGUGGGUGGAUCCGCCUUCCACUUCAUCAAGGGUCUCUACAACUCCCCCAAGGGCGACCGCUUCGUCGGCGCCACCCAGGCCGUCCGCCUCAACGCCCCCCGCGUCGGCGGCAGCUUCGCCGUCUGGGGCGGCCUCUUCUCCGCCUUUGAUUGCUCCAUGGUCUACGCCCGCCAGAAGGAGGAUCCCUGGAACUCCAUCGUCGCCGGCGCCGCCACUGGCGGCUUCCUCUCCAUGCGCCAAGGCCUCGCCGCCUCCGCCCGCUCUGCCGCCUUCGGCGGCGUCCUCCUCGCCCUCAUCGAGGGCGCCGGGAUCAUGCUCAACAAGUUCCUCAGCGCGCAGCAGCCCAUGCCUAUCAUCAUGGACGAGCCUCCGCCGCCCCCGCCGCCGGAGACGGCGUCCUCGGGGUGGAUCGGUGGACUAUUCGGCGGAGGGAAGAAGGAGGAGGGCUCCGCCGGUGGUGGAAGCGAGACGAACAUUCUGGAGAGCUUUGAUGCUCCCCCUGUGCCCAAAUUUGAGUAUAAGUAAGAACAUGCUUGGAUAAGUUUCUCUAUAAUUGAUUUCUCUAUAAAAUAAUUGAGUUCAUAUUAUGCGUAAGUUAGCAUAGCUUAUGGGAGGAGCCUGAUUAAUUUUUUCUUCUCUGUCGUAUGGAGAAGCUUAUUCAAACAGAAGAGGUGGUUUAUAGGGUAGUGAUUUUUGUAAGCUAUUGAAUUUGUUGUCGAUUUGAACCUAACUUGAUGAUUGUCUAUCAUACAAUGAUUUUGUUUUUUCUUUCACAAUAAUGCGUAAUGUAAGUGUAGUGGUAGGCUUUCAUCAUAUUUAUUAUAUAUUAUUUUCUUUUGAGUUGAAAAUUUUAAAUCUUA